AUUCAGGAAAAGGACCUCGUCUACUUAUCUUCUAGUAACUGACAAUCCUUGGAGUUCCUGUGCUUGUAGAUUCAUCUGCCCUUGUGGUUAUCAGAUAAUAUCUGUUUUUCCCCUGUGCCUGCUUUUAUUCUGUGAAAGGACGCAUUAGCAUAAGAAAGAAAACCCUGUUCCCAAAGGAGAUUACAUCCACAGGUAUAGGGGUUAGGAUUCCAAAGCAUAUUUUGAAGGAACACAAUUAAUCCAUUAUACUGGCAUUUGCUGUGGGCUACAGACAACAGACCCCAUAGAGAAGGGAAUUUUAACCUGUGUCUGUUGCUCAAACAGAAAGUGGGGCUAAAGUAAGAGUUCGAUUUAGAUAAAUGACAGAGAAGUGCCUUGAACAUACUCCUGGGGCUGUGAAGUGAAUAGAUCAGUCUGAUUUUUCUGGAGAGUUCUCAGAAGGGAGUACUGGGAGACAGAGGUGUCAGGCAGGCUUCAGGGCAUGGGAGAUGCUGAAGCCACAUGAUCUUUUGGAACUUUAUUUGUAGCAACAUGACAGCUUCUCAAAGCAGGCCCAGCACUGGCAAGCCUUUGCAGAUCUAUAUAAAACGCUCCUACUAAUGGAGCUCUAUGUUGAAAUAGUUGCCUGGGAAGGCGAGAGCAGUGAAGAGUGAGAGUUAAGCGAAGGCUUCUGGAGGACCACUACUGGCAGUUGAGUAGGGGGGUGAUUAGGGAUGCUGCAGAGAAAUGAGGAGAAUUUGGUGAUGAAUUCUGGGGAAGACACUGGGAAUUGGGAGAUAAGGUGCUGGUGGAGUGGAGAGCGUUAAUCCCCAUAGGGAUGGAAAGAUGGGUUCCCAUGUAACUCUUGGUUUCUGCUCCAUUUUUGGUCAAGCUAACAGCUCAGGAAAAAGAUAGGGCCUCAGGGGCUGAUUUUUCCUGUUCAUUUAAGCCCGCUCCCAAUAUAUCAUUAAUUGAUUCUCAGGGGCAUCCUUGUUUUUGGCAAUCGUAAGCCCUCCGUGUGAUAAACGGAAAGACCUACAAAGAAAGGACAGAGUAGUCUGGGAGCUAGAAAAAGGGAUGUUUGGUUGGAGGACAGAAUAGCUCUAGGGAAUGGAGGAUGACAAACGUGGCAUUUCUAGUCAAUAUCCUACUUUAUUUCAGAUUGAACUCAAGAAGGGAGUGAGCUGAAGUUAGGAAACUACAAUAUUUUGGUGUCUUCAGCAAGUCUCAGUAUAUAUUCUCCUCAUCAAAAUCUUGUCAUUGGAGAGCAGGAUUGCUGUUUCAGCUGGGUUUCUCUUUUUGUAUAAUUCUUUACAGCUUAAUUCACAGAUCUCUUAAACAAGAUAAAGAUUUCUUCUUUACAGACUUUUGUACUUUAAUCAGCAACGCAUUUCAAUUAACCCAGAGACUCUAAACAUCUCUUUUUCGAAGGCAUUUUAGGAAAUCCUCCAGUGUUCUUCUGGAAUGCUAGAAUUCCUGCUUCUUCACUAGACCUCAGAAAAGUUGAUUUCCAAUGCUUCCUGCUUCAUUCCAUCUUAUUUCUUUUAUAUCCUUUCUCUUGGAGACAGAGAACAGUAGAUAUUCGUGCUUUCAAAGCUCCAUGGUUUGUUAUGGAGUAGGAUGAGGUAGGGCACCCUCCUGCCAGUUUUUUCAGGGUAGAAAUUUGUCCUUUUGCUUUCUUGUGGGAUGACAAAAGUGGGAUAUAUGUAAAUUAAUGCUGUUUUUCUUUUAAAACUUUUAGAAGUACAUUUUUCUGCUUUAUUAUGGAAUAUUUGAAGAAUAGGUUUGAAGAGUGUUAACAGGUUGAUAAACAAAUUGAAUGAAAAUUACUUUACUUUUUUUUAGUUCAUAAAAAAUAGCUUAUGUUCAGCAGACAUUGCAAAAUAUAUAAACCAGACCCAUUGCCUUUGAGUUGAUCCUGACUCUUUGCUAUGUUGAUCUGAAUAGAACUACCCCAUAGGGCUUCCAAGGCUGUAAUCUUUAUGGAAGCAGAUGGCCGGGGCUUUUCUCCCACAGAGCCAUUGGUGGAUUUGAACUGCUGACCUUUUUGUUAGCAGCCAAGUGCUUAACCAUGGUGCCACCAAGACUCCAUAUGUGUAUGUAUAUAUAUAUAUAUUUGAGGAUAGGGAAUGAAAUUUUUCUUCAAUUUGAAAUUGAUUAGGUCAUCUAACUCAUGUACAAGUGGAUUACAUGACCUUGGCCUUGUUCUAAAGCAUUUGAACUUGGCCUUGUUUUAAAGCAGUUUAAUAACCUCAACUGCCCAUUGUAUUUAUAUUGCACUCUGCUUCCAUUCCCAGUCUAAGCUGUCAGUUUCUAACCACACCCCUGGACAAUCAGGAUAGUUUGGCAUCUGUUCAAUGGCAAAAUGAAGGUAAAUGAUACCUGGGGAUACUGUAAUGUACUUGUUCUCCCUCGCUCCUUGGAAACCCUAUGGGGCAAAUCUCCUCUGUCCUAUAGGGAGGCUAUUAGUAAGAUUUUACCAGACAGCAAUAGGGUUUGAAUUUGUUUUGUUUUGUUUUGUUUUUGGUUUUCUCAUAUGGGGGAGGGGAGAAUGUGAAGACUGGAGUCUUUGUGGCACCUUACAGAUUGGCACCCAGGAACAUUUACCUUGUACUCCUGGAUUUAGAAGGCAAUAGAAUUUCUUUUCCUUUGAUUUCCCCUUUGUCUUCAUUUUGUAUUAUCUGAAAUAGACUCUCCAGGAUGGUAGGAAGGAGAGAGAUGGUCCAACUUUUAUUUUGAACAGUCAUGAAAGGAAUUAGAAUAGGCACAUGUCCGUUACACAACACAAUAAUGAAAUUUACAUUUGUUCUUAAUGUGCUAUCCUCCACUUCACUUCCUCCUGAUUUCAAGGUGCUGAAAGGCUGUCAUAGAAAAUAAGGACUAUAUUUAUUACCCGGAGGAUGAAUGAGUGGAAGUUAUAGGGAGGCAAAUCUUGGGUCACUAUAGGAAUAAAUUGCUAACAGUCCAAAUGAAGCAAUUAUGGCAUUGAUUGCGUGGGGAGGUAGGGAGUUUUAUAUUGUUACCUUUCCUCUUGGGCAAGAAUGCUGUAGAAAGAAUCCAAGCCUCAAAUUGGUUUUGGAGCAGAUAAAAUGAUCUAAGGGUUAAACGAAGUCUAUAGAAGGAGUGCCAAAUUCAUGUCACAAAGAAGUAGAGAUGGGAGUAGAGAGUAAAGGAAUAGCUUCUAGAGAUAGGACAUGGAGGAUGGGAACAGAACCUGUGGGAUUUCUAGGCCAAUAAAAUACAAAACCCCUCACUAAUAAAUGAAAGAUGACUAUGAGGUAGUGAACUUGGGUGUCAGGCAGAAUUUUUGAACCUCACGUAGAAGACUUUGUUGUGACUGGGGAAGUUAAGAGAAUUUGGUGUAAGACUUGCUGAUUUGAGAUGAUGAUAGGAUAUUUCAACAGACAGAUCUAGCAGGCAUUUGGGGGAUAUUACACUGGUGCGUGGUGCUCAAAAGAUAAUCUAUAGCUGGAUAUAAAGAUUAGGAUGUGCACUUCAUUAUAUGAUAGAGAUAUUAGACUGAACUAAUAGGGCAAAGGGGGUUGAAAGACUGAAAUUGUGAGUUUGAAUAAAUACUCUGAGCUUUGGAGAAUACUCACAAUUAAGGAAUUCGGGGAGAAGCAGGAGUUGAGGAGGGAGUAAGGACUUAAAAGAGGAUAAAUGAGGACUGGUGCAAGUGACUCUUGUUUUGAAGACUCAUUCUUAUCUUUUUCAUUUUAGCUCUACUAGUUUUAGGUUUUAGGUUUAGUGUGGAAGAUACAGAGAUGCCCUGAAAUUUCUCCCUUAAUGACUGCAGGCAGAAAUGUGGAUGAUUCACACGAAAGCUGUCUCCGUAGAAAACCAGACUACUACUGGAUUUGUCCUCCUUGGCUUCCAUGACAUCCCUGAACUGCAUCUCCUUUUCUUUAUUGUGUUCACAGUUGUCUAUGCCUCUAUUAUCAUAGGGAAUAUGCUAAUCAUUGUGGCAGCAGUUAGCUCCCAGAGGCUUCACACACCCAUGUAUUUCUUUCUGGCCAAUCUGUCCUUCCUGGAGAUCCUCUACACCUCCACAGUGGUCCCAAAAAUGCUAGAGGGCUUUUUGAAGGAGGCAGCCAUUUCUGUGGCUGGUUGUUUGCUUCAGUUUUUUAUCUUUGGCUCUCUAGCCACAGCUGAAUGCUUCCUGCUGGCUGUCAUGGCGUAUGAUCGCUACCUGGCAAUCUGCUACCCACUCCACUACCCACUCCUGAUGGGGCCCAGAUGGUGCUUGGGGCUGGUGGCCACAGCCUGGCUGUCUGGUUUCAUGGUAGAUGGACUUGUUGUGGCUCUGAUGUCACAGCUGAGGUUCUGUGGCCCUAACCACAUUGACCACUUUUACUGCGACUUCAUGCCUUUGGUGGAGCUGGCUUGCUCAGAUCCCAGAGUGGCCCAGGUGACAACCUUCAUGCUCUCUGUGGUCUGUCUCACUGUUCCCUUCGGACUGAUUCUGACAUCCUAUGCUCGGAUACUGGUGGCUGUGUUAAGAGUUCCUGCUGGGGCCGGCAGGCGAAAGGCUUUCUCCACAUGCUCCUCUCACCUAGCUGUAGUGUCCACAUUCUAUGGAACUCUUAUGUCCUUGUACAUUGCACCCUCUGCUGUCCACUCCCAGCUCCUUUCCAAGGUCUUUGCUCUGCUUUACACUGUGGUCACCCCCAUCUUUAAUCCUGUGAUCUACACCCUGAGGAACAAGGAGGUUCAUCAGGCACUGUGCAGGCUUCUCUAUAUUAAGAAAACUGAAACACUCCAUUGAAGGAGGAAGGUGGGGAAGAUCAUAAUCUCUGGACACCUUCAUUAGGAAGUCUUCCAACACUGUUUGGAGAAAAGUAACUUUGUUCUAUUCUAACAGUCCCUUCUGGCCCCUUCUAUAGCUACUCUAAAACUGAGGGUGGUAGCGCAAUAAUUUUCAUGUGCUAGAUUAAAAAAAUAUUUUAAAGUUUUAUUAGUUUUUUAUUUAAUAGACCCUGAAUAUUUAAUAUAGAAAUAUUUAGUAUAGAAAUAUGGAAAAAU